AAUUUUUUUCGCAUGUUUUCACAUUGCAUGAAAGUUUAUAUGCAAAACUGAAUCUAAAUUGACGGUGAUAUUCAGAGAUAAAAUGAUUAUUUAGUAUCAUACAACCGCAGAAGUUCAUGACUGUUUUAGUUAUGCGCAGUUUUCCCGGGUAAAUCAAUGAAAAGCCCUGCGCGCGCAUUUUGUAUUUAAUGUUUACAUACAAAUAAUGGAGGAAAGCCGACAAAACGUGUAGUGUGUGAAUCAGCCAUAACAGAUGAAUUUGACACUUGAAGAAAUGAAGAAAGUUCCUUCAACUCACCGAUUUCAGGUGGCGAAAGUUGAAUUUGCGAACGAAAAUGACGAAGGUGAGGAAGAAAAUAUUCAGGAAACUGCUGUCGGAAAUGGUUCUGUAGCGGGGGAUGCUGAAGAUGCGACAUCAACAACUUUUUCAUUACCUAAUGACACUUACGGACAUAAUCAAAAUAGUUACACGGCAUAUGGAACACAUUUAAAAACAUUCGGUAGAAACACGACAGAGGCCAUACCUCAUGUCGACCACUAUAGGAAUUUAUUGUCGGCCACAUCACCUCUGAAGUCUCGACCAACCUUAGCGGAAUUACACGAGGAAAAGGAUGAUAUAGACCGGCAGCGUCAUCGGGAACCGCUCCUGUCGGAGACGGACACCAACCCCGAGGAAGUAAAACCUAAAGAUAACAAAUCAGCCGUCAAGUUUGGCUGGGUUAAAGGAGUCCUUAUAAGAUGUCUUCUAAAUAUAUGGGGUGUGAUGUUGUUUAUGCGGCUGUCCUGGGUGACAGGACAGGCCGGCACGGGGCUCGCUACUCUUGUGAUACUUCUGUCUUCUGUAGUAACUGUGAUAACCUCUUUAUCUAUGUCAGCUAUUUGUACAAAUGGUAUUGUAAAGGGAGGUGGUGCAUAUUUUAUGAUCUCGCGAAGCCUUGGCCCAGAGUAUGGUGGUGCUAUUGGAAUGAUAUUUUCUGUUGCCAACGCUGUCGCUGUAUCAAUGUAUGUCGUAGGUUUUGCGGAGACCGUCCGAGAUCUCUUGCUGGUCAACAAUGCAUUGAUGGUAGAUGAGCAGAAUGAUAUUAGAAUAAUAGGUUUUAUAACAAUUACCUUGUUACUUGCCAUUGCAAUAAUAGGAAUGGAGUGGGAGGCUAGAGCUCAGGUUAUAUUAUUAGGUGUUUUACUGAUAGCAAUGUUAAACUUUGUGAUAGGAACUUUUCUUCCACCAACCGAGGAGAAAUUAUCAAAGGGAUUUACAGGGUAUAGAGCGGAUGUGUUUGUAGACAAUUUUGGUCCGAACUUCCGUGACGGGGAAGGUUUUUUUUCUGUGUUUUCAAUAUUUUUCCCGGCUGCCACGGGUAUUCUUGCUGGAGCCAAUAUCUCAGGGGAUUUAAAGAACCCUCAAAAGGACAUUCCAUUGGGAACAUUUAUAGCUAUAGGCAUAUCAAGUGUGUCAUAUAUUGCUGUUGUAUGGUUACUAGGCAGCUGUAUAGUGAGGGACGCCACCGGGCCACUUGUUGCCAUGGUAAUUGAUACAGUAAAUACAACCUCUACCACGGAAAUACCGUCAUUAAUAAACUCUACAAUGUCAACAGUGAUAGCCAAACUACCUUAUACUUUCCAUAACAUACAGAAUUGUAGCCUCGCGGAGGCUGGGGAGUGUAAAUACGGAUUAAUCCAUGAUUAUCAGGUUAUGGAGAUGAUGUCAGGGUUUGGACCUCUGAUUACAGCUGGUAUCUUCUCCGCAACUUUGUCGUCGGCACUCGCAAGUCUUGUCUCUGCGCCAAAAGUCUUUCAGGCAGUAUGUAAAGACAAGAUAUUUCCCAAAGUUCAAUUUUUUGCGAAAGGUUAUGGAAACGGCGAGAACCCGAGACGGGCUUACGUCCUAGCUUAUGCCAUUGGUUUAGGUUUUAUACUCAUUGGAGAUUUAAACGCCAUAGCCCCUAUAAUCUCCAACUUCUUCCUGAUGGCGUAUAUGUUAAUUAACUAUUCCUGUUUUGAUAACUCUCUUGCCAAAUCUCCAGGUUGGAGACCAUCAUUCAAGUAUUACAACAUGUGGUUAAGUCUAAUUGGUGCCUUACUCUGUGUCACAGUAAUGUUUAUAAUUAAUUGGUGGACAGCUCUUAUUACAUUUGGUGUGAUUGGUGCCAUCUUUGUGUAUGUUCACUACAGAAAACCAGAUGUAAAUUGGGGAUCAUCUACGCAGGCACAUGUCUACAGAGGUGCGUUAACAGCAACUUUAAAACUAGCACAAACUGAAGAUCAUAUAAAAAACUUUAGACCACAGGUAUUGGUGCUCACAGGUUUUCCUUGUAACCGUCCAGAACUCGUAUAUUUUGUUAACUCUCUAACAAAGAAGAUCAGUUUGAUGGUGUGUGGCCAUAUAUUACAGGGUAGCCAUUCUGAUGCAUUAAAGGAGUACCGUCGGUUUAGAAGAGGUUAUGUGAACAAAUGGUUGACAAAAAGGAGAAUAAAGGCAUUCUACAGUGUAACAAUUGCCCCAGAUUUUAGACAAGGUGCUAGAAGUUUAAUGCAGAAUGUUGGUAUAGGAAAGUUAAAGCCUAACAUCCUCAUGAUGGGUUUCAAGUCAACGUGGAAAACCGAGUCUCCAGAGGCUAUGGAUGCUUACUUCAGUGUUAUACAUGAUGCAUUUGACUACGAGUUUGGCGUUGGCGUGUUGCGUACCCCGGAGAGAUUGUACAAGGAGGAAGAGGAACCGUUGGACGAAGAUAAUCUACCUCCGGAGGAUGAAAAUAAUUACGAUGAGAGAUAUGAGAUACCUGUGUUGAAGUCACAUCCAAAGAGGAAAAUGGCACACUUUGCAAUGGAAGAAGAUAGUCCCUUGCCAAGCCCGUCCCGUCGUAACAGCACUCCCGAAGUCGAGACCCCACAGCAGGACCUCGAGGCGCAGACACCUGAUGAAUUGAACCCUAGUUUCUCUCGCUCACUGUCCAAGAUUGAAUCGUCCAUACACUUUGCCAAGAAACAAAAGGGUACAAUUGAUGUAUGGUGGUUGUUUGAUGAUGGAGGUUUGACAUUGCUGUUACCAUAUAUAUUACAAACUAAACAGCAGUGGAAGAAUUGUGGGCUUAGAGUGUUCACCGCGGGAACCAAACGUGGGGAGCUAGUCCGAGAACAAAAACAAAUGGCGCAGUUGCUGAGUAAAUUCCGUAUAGAAUGCCAAGACAUGAAAAUUAUUGCAGAUAUUGGCAAGUUGCCAACAGAUAAAAGCAAGCAAGAGUUUAAUGAGUUAUUAAAAGGUUUGGUACUUGAUGAAGACAACGGGGAGACCGUGGAACAAUACCCGUGGAAAACUACCGAGGACGAAAUGUUACUAUUGAAAGAAAAGACAAAUCGUCAGAUGAGAUUACGGGAACUUCUUCUGCAACAUUCUAUGGAUGCAUCUCUUAUAGUCAUGACGUUACCGGUUCCUCGUAAGGGUACUUGCUCUAGCAGUUUGUACAUGGCCUGGUUGGACACUUUAACACGAGAUAUGCCGCCCAUUCUUCUUCUCCGUGGUAACCAACAAAGUGUGCUGACGUUCUACAGUUAAAAAUAGAAAAAUUGGGUUUCUGUUCAAUUUACUAAAAAUAGAAACAGUGACUCGUUCAACCACUAAAAAUAGAGUGGUGUACUGUUCAACCUUUCAACCACUAAAAAUGAAGUUGUGUUCUGUUCAAUCACUCAAAACAAAACAGUGUUCUGUUAAACAGCUAAAUAAAUCAGUGUUUAUAGCUACAUGUAAAGCUAAAUAAUAUUGGUGUCAUUUUCAAGUGGGAUAGUGUUCUACCUAACAGUGAAACAGAUUAACAUUGCUAAAAUAGAACCAUGAAACUGAAAAGACCCCCAAAAAAUACCAUUUGUAAUAUAAGCCUGCCUUCUUAUUAUUCAUCAGAGGACAAGAUAUAUGAGCCACGCCAUGACAAAACCAAUGUAAUGCGUUUGCGACCAGCAUGCAUCCAGACCAGCCUGUGCAUCCGCGCAGUCUGAUCAGGAUCCAUGCUGUUCGCUAUCAGUUUCUCUACUUGUUAUAGGGUUGGUAAGCAAACAACCUGGGUCCUGAUCAGACUGUGCGGAUGCUCAAGGCUGGUCUGAAUCCAUGAUGGUCGCAAACGCAUUACGUUGGUUUUGUCAUGGCGCAGCUCAAUUAUAUGAUAUGAUGUAAAACAUAGUGUACGAUAUCAUGUGAUAUGAUGUGCAGAAAUGAGACAUUAUAUAUGAUAUAGGGCAUUAUCAUUGAAUAUAUGACAUGGUGUAAGAUAAAAUAUGAUAUCAUAUAAUAGAAAAUGUUAUAUGAUACAGUAGGAGUGGACAAAUCUGAUAUCAUAUAAUAUAGGACACAGGUGUAUGCUAUAUAUCAUGGUGUAAGAUAUCAUUUUUUUUCAAAAUAUGUGUUAUUGUAUAUGGACUUAUUAAAAAUGGCAUGAAAGCAGAAAUGCAGCGUAGAAGGAUAUAUGUAAUGUUUAAACAUGUAUAGGUUUAAACUGUUUGAAACAUGAUAUUAGGCAAUAUUUAUAAUUUAUGACAAGUCCUUUUGAAACAUUUUAAUAUUUAUAAAUUACGAUCUAAGUGUUGUAAACAUUACUUAACUUAAAGGUUUUGAAGUUAUUGAAAGGCAGAAGAGAUAGAUUUUUUAUUUUGAAAAAAUUCAUGUAAAUUUAAGUAAAUUGAUGUAAAUUAGUAAUAGCAUCAUUCUCAAAAUCUUCUAUUGACAUUUAUUUCAACAUGAUAGGACUGUAAAUAUUUUGUCAGAAAAAUGUAUUGUGUAAAAUUUCAGAUCCUUUACUCACUCCAUAUAUUUUUUUAGAAUAAUCUUUUUUAAUUGUGCAAAAAAGACACAAAAAUGAAAAGCAUAUAAUCAUAUUGUCACCUAAGUGCAGUAACAGCUUAACUCUUAUUAAAUUAUAUUAAGGAGUUAGCUCAUUACUACACUAAUGUGAUGAUCUUUAAAACAAAAGUUAAGCUAAAAGUGGAUUACAAAUUGCUGUCCGGGACAUAACUCAACAUGUACAAGAGAUAUCAACUUCAAACAUUGUAGGUAGCUACAUCUGAAUGAGUUGUGCAGUAUAUAAGAACCGUAACCCUCCCUUCCCUAAUUUUGGAGUUAUUGCCCUUUGUUCAAUUUUACACCAGGGCAUAACUUGAGAAAUAUAAAAUGUACCAAAUUGAAACUUUGUAGGUAGAUAUAUCUUACUGAGUACAAGUGCAGUGCAUGAAUACCGUAACCCUCCCUUCCCUAAUUUUGGAGUUAUUGCCCUUUGUUCAAUUUUACACCAGGGCAUAACUUGAGAAAUAUAAAAUGUAUCAAUUUGAAAUGUUGUAGGUAUAUAUAUAUCACUGAGUACAAGUGCAGUGCAUAAGAACUGUUACCCUCCCAUCCGUAAUUUUGGAGUUUAAUUGCCCUUUAUCAUUUUAUUAAUGUGAACUUUGUCUGGGAUGUAACUUGAGAAUUAUAAAAAAUAUCAACUUAAAACUUUGUAGGUAGAUAGAUCUCACUGAGUAGAAGUGCAUUGAAUAAGAACUGUAACUCUCCCAUCCCAAAUUUUGGAGUAAUAGCCCUUGCAAGUACAUAACUUUACAACUAUAAAAUGUCAACAUUGAAAAUGUAAGGUACAUUUUGAUGUUUCAUUAUCACUUUUUAAUGCAUUCAUUAAAUCAAUAUUGAAUUAUAAUUGUCCUAACUUCCUUUCCUAACUUUGUCCAAACUAUAAAAGGUAUCAAAACUUGAAACUUUGUAGGUAGAUACAUCUGAAUAAGUAAAAGUGCCAUGCACAAGAACUGUAACCCUCCCUUCCCUAAUUUUGGAGUUAUUGCCCUUUGUUCAUUUUUACACAAGGAAAUUACUUGAGAACUAUAAAAGGUAUCAUCUUGAAACUUUGUAGGUAGAUACACCUGAAUACAUAGAAGUGCAGUGCAGAAAAACCAUAACAAAAAAUAAAAUAAACAAUUGAAAAAAAUCUAUAAACAACUGCAUUCUCCCUAUGUGCAAAAUUAUUAACUAAAAAGCAUGGUUUCUGACAAGCGCUUCUGGUAGGGGGGAGAGGAGGACUUGGCAUUUGUGACAAACUCUAGUUUUCUCUGCUCUUUCACAAAAAUAAGGUAAAAAAUUUUAAUAAACAUGAACAUUUAGCCAAUCCUGUUUUGUUUAUUUAAACUUAAAAGUGGUAUAAUAAAAGAGUUUUAUCUUAAAAAAUAUCUUCAUAACUUAACGCUAAGUUUGUGCAAGAAGGAAGUAAACAAUUCAAAUGGUUUCAAAUUAUUUUCAAAAUCAAUGCAUGUGUGUUUUAUCUCUUGUUUGUAAAGCGUAGGCACUGAAUACAUUGUUUUUCAAAAUGUGCAAAGUGUUAUGAUAUAAUUAAGGGCAAAAUACCCUGUGUCUUAAUUUACAUGUUUGAACUGAACUUUUUAGUUUUAGCAGACCUUGGUUGGGUUAAAGUUAAUUGCUCGAAUAGAUUUUUGUAAUCUGUUUGGUGGGAGUCAAAGGUGUUGAUAGUCAAUGCUUUUGUAAUGUUUAAAGAAUUUGUUUGUUUGUUUUUUGUUUCUUUUAUAUUAAGAUUGAUUCUGAAAUUAUUGUUAAUUUAUCUUAUACAUGUAUUUCCAUGUUGUUUGCACUUGAACCUCCUUAUAAAGACCUAGUUAAGUCAUACUUGCAAUAAAGACCAGUGUAAAUCAAACCUGAAUUGAAAGACCAGUGUAUUUAACGUGGUAAAACAUGUGGAUAAAGGACAUUAGAGGGUUUGUAGAGGUAAACUUGCAUAUAAACACUAGUACAAGUCAAACCUUCAUAUAAAGACCA